AUGAAUGGCGGACGCACCAUGACCUUUGGGAGGACGGCGGCGCUGUAUGCGGCCGCGGCCGCCGUGCGCCUCGCGCUCUUCACCGUCUUCCCGGGCCUCCCCGACCUGCUGACUGGACGCGUCGAGAUCUCGACGCCUGUCACCAGCUUCAAGCGCCUGCAGGAGGGCUUGUUCCUGUACAACCACAACGUGUCGCCUUACGACGGCGGCGUCUACCACCAGGCGCCGCUGCUGCUGCCGCUCUUCUCGCUGCUGCCGCCGGCCAGCCUGCCCGUCUUCACCUACCUGCUCUACAUUGCCGUCGAUCUGCUGAGCGCCGAUGCUCUGGUGCGCAUUGCCGACUCGGGCGAGGCGGGUGCCUCGGCCCUGUUCACGUCCCCGCGGCGCGAGAAGCGCUGGAGCGGCUUUGUCGUGGCGGCUGUCUACCUCUUCAACCCCUUUACGGUGGCGACGUGCAUCGGCCGCUCCACCAGCGUCUUCUCGACCUGUGCCAUCCUCCACGCCAUCAGCAAGGCCAUUGCCGGCGCGCCGCUCCGCGCCAUGGUCUCGCUCGCCUUCGCCGCCUACCUCUCCAUGUAUCCGCUGCUCCUGCUGCCGCCCCUCGUCCUGCUGGCCUACGACCGCCGCAAGACAAGGACGCGGGCGAGGCCGCUGCUCGCCUUUUCAGCCGUCCACGUCCUCUUCGUGGCGGCGUGCCUCGUCGUGCUGCUCGGCAUGUCCUUUGUGCUGACGGGCGGCUCCUGGGAGUUUCUGCGGUCGACCUACGGCGUGCAGCUCACCCUGUCGGACCUCACGCCCAAUGUCGGGCUCUGGUGGUACUUUUUUAUCGAAAUGUUCGACUCGUUCCGUGCGUUUUUCGUCGCCGUCUUUUGGCUGCACCUCUCGAGCUACGUCGGCGGGCUCGCCAUCCGCAUCCGCAGCCAGCCGCUCGUCGUGCUCACGCUGCUCACGGGCAUCUUUGCCAUCUUCAAGCCGUACCCCAGCAUCGGCGACACCUCGCUGUUCCUGGCGCUCGUGCCGCUGUUCCGCCACGUGUUCCCGCUGAUGCGGUACACCUUCGUCGUGGCGGCCACCAUCAUGUACGCGACGUUCCUGGGCCCGGCGUUCUACCACCUGUGGAUCUACGCCGGCAGCGGCAACGCCAACUUCUUCUACGCCAUUACUCUGGUCUGGAGCUUGGGGCAGAGCCUGCUGGUGUCGGACUUGACGUUUGCGGUGCUGCGGGACGAGUGGGAGGUGGAGCGGCCGGAGAUGGUUGGCAAAGAGAUCCGGCAGAUUUAA